CUAAUUACUAAUAAAUUAUGCAUACUCGAAGUUGUGACAUGUUUGUUAUUAAAGUAAAGUAAUCAAAAUACUACUAAUUUAUAAAACGAUGUCAUAUUAAUAAUGCAAAAUCAAUCAGAACCUACAGAGAAUGAAAUACAAAAUACGUUGCCACCGGUGAUAACAAAUAAUACCAGAGAAAAAUUAUUACCUGAACAGGUUGCACUUGGAUUGAUAAUAUCACCCAAGAAAAUACACGAUGAAAGAAAUAAAGUAAAAUUCAUACAUUUAUCCACACAAGCGCCAAAAAACCAAUUACAAUCUAGUUGCCCUAUAAAUGUUGUUUAUCAUCCAAAAGCAUUGAACUAUGAAUUAGGAGAUAUAACUACAGUUCACAGUUUAAGAGUAUGGAAUGGUUCUAUGCGCUCUCUCUACGUCAAAUGUAACGGUAUUUUGAAUAAUUCCGAAGAUCAUGGCGCAAUUUCGUUUUGGUAUCCACGAACUAGAUCUCUUCUUGCUCCCGGCCUUGCGACGAUAUUUUAUGUUAAAGCUAUACCUAAAAAUGUUUCACCUGUAAGUUCUUUGCGUUUAGCUCUACAAUUAGCAGCGGCCUAUAAAAGAGAUAGCGAUGUGAGAUGUUUUUCGAUACCAAUAGUAAUAACAUUUUUGAAAUACAAUCCACCUUGCCUACCUGAAGAGGGAGAAAGCAUCUCAUUCCAUAAUUCAUUAUGAGAACAUUGUAAUUGCAAAAUUGGUUUAAUAUA